CUUUGUGCUAUUUUAUCGACAGGAUUAGAACAAAAAAUGGAUGCUGGCGCUAGUGUGCUUGUAGUAUUUAUUAUUUCAUACAGACAGAUUUCCUAACCUGAAUUUCUGAAUAGUUGUCAAUUUUACCGAUUAAUAUUUCGCUUUGUGGAGCAGAGCGACAUUUUUUUCUAUCAGAUUUUUUCAUGCAAAAACUCGACGAGUGUGUCUAAUUUCAUCAAUAUUGGAGAAGAAAGAAUUGAAGUAUUCACUGUUUCAUGGAAAAACGCAUCGAAUAAACUUAAUUUCAUCAACAUUGCAAAAAAAAGGACUAAAAAUCAAAGGGACAUAUGUCAAAAAAUUUGAACAAUAAUUUCAAGAUAUAUAAAUAAAAAAAGAAUUAUAAAAUGGUGAUAUAUGGUGUUUAUAUUGUAUCUAAAUCUGGUGGUUUGAUUUUCAAUCAUGAUCACAAUGUCCCGAAAAUUGAGGUCGAGAAAUCCUUUAAUUUUCCACUCAAUAUUAAAUUAAACUAUGAGAAUAAAAAGGUAGUGGUAGCUUUUGGACAAAAAGAUGGAAUACAUGUGGGACAUGUAUUAACAGCUGCAAAUGGAAUUGCAAUCACAGGACGUGAGCUUGAAGAUGGAAGAGACAUUCUAGAAAUGUUGGAGCAACCAGAAAAUUUCCCUAUAACAUUGAAAUUUAGUCGAGCAAAAAUGACGACAAAUGAGAAGAUAUUUUUAGCUUCAAUGUUUUAUCCUCUUUUUGCAAUAGCAAGCCAAUUGAGUCCAGAACCACGAAGUUCUGGGAUUGAGAUUCUCGAAGCGGAUACAUUUCGUUUAUAUUGUUAUCAAACAUUGACAGGUAUUAAAUUCAUGAUAGUAGCAGAGCCGUCACAACCAGGAAUGGAAAUUUUUUUAAAGAGAGUAUAUGAUUUGUAUGCGGAUUAUGCAUUAAAAAAUCCAUUUUAUGCAUUAGAAAUGCCUAUUCGAUGUGAAUUAUUCGAAACUAAUUUACAGACAUUGUUAGAAACUGUAGAAAAAUCUGGAAUAAGCAAUGUUUAAUAUUUACGUGUUAAUUAAUUUAAAAUAA